AUGCUUAAAAAAGAAUCCGAACCCCAAAAUAUUAAAAGAGGAGAAGUGUAUUGGGUCAGACUAGAUCCAGCCGAGGGAGCCGAAAUCAAAAAAACCCGUCCAGUUGUAGUAGUCUCUAACAACGAACAAAAUGCCAAAAGUAAAGUAGUAAUUGUGGCUCCGAUUUCCAAAAAGGUUAGUCGUAUUUAUCCAACUUUUCAAGUGCCAAUUUAUUUAAAAGGAGAAUUAAGAAAAGUUAAAUGUGAACAAAUUAGAGCCGUAGGAAAACACCGAAUAAUUGGAAAAAAGAUUGCCAACUUAACUGAUACAGAAAUGGAAAAA